AUGAAACCCAUUUCAAGAUCCUGCAAAGCUGAAGCAUUCCACAAGUAUCUAAAGCCAGGAGCUUUAGCCCAAUUGAGAGACUCCAAAAUCAAUGCCAGAUCCCACAAGCUGAACUCAGUACGACUUGACUCAGUCCCAACUCAGAUUCCAAGCCAAACCCAGAUCCAAAUUUCAGAUUUUGAUCAAAUCCCAAGGUUCCUGAACAAGAUCUAUGGUGGUCCAUGUUGUCUUCAAAGAAAGAAGCUUUUGGCUACUAAAUCUGUCUUGCUGGUCAAUUUGGAAACUUCUGGUCAAAGCUUAGAAUCUAGGGAGAGUAGAAGUAAUAGACAUGGUGAAAAUUUGUUGAUUAAUGUGUUAAAUAAUGAUGUUGUUGCUCAUUGA